UGACGUGUAACCAGCAUGGCGGCGCUGAGCUGAGGUAGCAACUCUUACUGGACUGUCACCGAUAGCCUGGCUUUUCGUUAGCUUCCCUCGUCACCUGCCUGUUUGCAGGGCCAGGCCGAUGAGGACGGCCUGAGAGAGGAGCGGUAACAAGACCGAGAGAUGCAGCAGAAACAACAGCGGCCUCCACAACAACGACAAAACUCACAGCUGACGGCGGAAAACAGCAAAACUAAGAGCAUGUUUCUGUCCAGGGCGCUGGAGAAAAUCCUGUCGGACAAGGAGGUGAAGAGGAGCCAGCACAACCAGCUGCGCAAAGCCUGCCAGGUGGCGCUAGAUGAGAUCAAGGCAGAGCUUGAAAAACAAAAGGAUGGCACAGUGGUUCCACCCAGAGCCAACUACAUUGAGGCUGACAAAUACGUGCUGCCCUUCGAGUUGGCCUGUCAGUCAAAAUCCCCUCGGAUAGUGAGCACCUCCUUGGACUGUCUGCAGAAACUGAUCGCAUACGGCCACAUCACUGGCAAUGCCCCGGACAGCAGGACACCAGGGAAGCGGCUGAUCGACCGCCUGGUGGAAACCAUCUGUAACUGUUUCCAGGGCCCGCAGACCGACGAGGGAGUCCAGCUACAGAUCAUCAAGGCCCUAUUGACUGCAGUGACCUCCCCGCACAUAGAGAUCCACGAGGGCACCGUGCUCCUCACUGUCAGGACCUGCUACAACAUCUACCUGGCCAGCCGCAACCUCAUCAACCAGACCACCGCCAAGGCCACGCUCACUCAGAUGCUCAAUGUUAUCUUCACACGCAUGGAAAACCAGGCUACCCUCGAGGCUCAGGAGCAGGAGAAGGACCGGCUCCGACUACCGCAGCAGAACCCGUCCCCGGUCCCGGGUAAUCGGAGGUCCGGCUCCCCGCGGUCUGACCGGACGCCGACUCCAGAGCUCCAGAACUCCCCGUCCCCAGCAGCAAGUUCUCCAGACCUCACUGCCACCAAUACUAGCUCAACGCCCCCACCGCCAGCCCCUGACUUGGACCAGGACCAAGGGACUGAUACCCCAUCAAUCAAUGGAGAACCCAAGGAAGGCACCGCUCCUGUAAAUGGAGAAGCAGAGCAGGUCACGCCAUCAAGUGAUUCAGUGUUUGAAGAUGAAGGAGCAGAGACUCUCCCUGAAACGGCUCAGCCAGCAGAAGAAGGGGAGAAACUGGAAAGUAGUCCCAAUCCAGCGGACUCAUCCGUGACUGAAGGAGAGGGGGAGGAGCUACAGUCAGGACAAAUAAACAGUGGAUCAGGAGAUGAGAACCAAGUGCAUCCCGUCACUGAGCAGACAGAGGUGACGCCCCCUAGAGGGAGAGCAGAUGGGCAGCAGAUGAACGGCAUCAUCGAGGACCGCUCUUCUGUUUCCUCCACAGAUAUGCUGGAUGCCGAGGCGCUGCAGGGACCCUACAAUGCCGCCCGUUUCUCCCACAUCCUGCAGAAAGAUGCCUUUCUGGUGUUCCGCUCUCUGUGCAAACUCUCCAUGAAGCCUCUUGCUGACGGACCUCCAGACCCAAAGUCCCAUGAGUUGCGCUCCAAAAUUGUGUCUUUGCAGCUGCUGCUCUCGGUGCUGCAGGGUGCAGGGCCGGUGUUUCGCACUCACGAGAUGUUCGUCAACGCCAUCAAACAGUAUCUGUGCGUAGCCCUGUCCAAAAACGGGGUCUCCUCUGUGCCUGAGGUCUUUGAGCUCUCCCUGGCCAUCUUUCUCACCCUGCUCUCACACUUCAAGGUCCACCUGAAGAUGCAGAUCGAGGUGUUUUUCAGGGAGAUUUUUCUGACCAUCCUGGAGACAUCAACCAGCUCCUUUGAGCACAAGUGGAUGGUGAUCCAGACACUAACACGGAUCUGUGCAGACGCCCAGUGUGUGGUCGACAUCUAUGUGAACUACGACUGUGACUUGAACGCAGCGAACAUCUUUGAGCGCCUUGUCAGUGACCUGUCAAAGAUCGCUCAGGGCAGAAGUGGACAGGAGCUCGGUAUGACUCCUCUGCAGGAGCUGAGUCUGCGUAAAAAAGGUUUGGAGUGUCUGGUGUCCAUCCUGAAAUGUAUGGUGGAGUGGAGCAAAGACAUGUACGUCAACCCAAACCUUCAAGCUAACCUGGGCCAAGAACAUCCAUCUGACAGUGAAGCAGGAGAGCUGAAGCUGCCAGAGCAAUCGGGACGUCGAGACAGCAUCAGCUCGCUAGACUCCACCGUCUCUUCAAGUGUUCAAGUGUCGCAGGCGGACCACCCGGAGCAGUACGAGGUUAUCAAACAGCAGAAAGAUAUCAUCGAGCACGGCAUCGAACUCUUCAACAAGAAGCCAAAGCGAGGAAUCCAGUACCUGCAGGACCAGGGCAUGCUGGGGACCACAGCAGAGGACAUCUCCCAGUUCCUCCACCAAGAGGAGAGACUGGACACGACCCAGGUGGGAGAGUACUUGGGUGAGAACAUCAAGUUUAACAAAGAGGUCAUGUACUGCUACGUGGACCAGUUGGACUUCUGCGGGCGUGACUUUGUCUCGGCACUGAGAGCAUUUCUCGAAGGCUUCAGACUUCCUGGUGAGGCGCAGAAGAUCGACAGGCUGAUGGAGAAGUUUGCUGCUCGAUACCUGGAGUGCAACCAGGGACAGACUCUGUUUGCCAGCGCAGACACUGCCUACGUGCUGGCGUACUCCAUCAUCAUGCUCACCACAGACCUGCACAGUCCUCAGGUGAAGAACAAGAUGACGAAGGAGCAGUACAUCAAGAUGAAUCGUGGGAUUAACGACAGCAAGGACCUGCCUGAGGAGUAUCUAUCUUCAAUUUACGACGAGAUCGCAGGCAAGAAGAUCGCCAUGAAGGAGAGCAAAGAGUUCUCAAUCACCCCAAAGUCCACAAAGCAGAAUGUAGCCAGUGAGAAGCAGCGUCGUCUGCUCUACAACGUGGAGAUGGAGCAGAUGGCCAAGACUGCCAAAGCUCUGAUGGAGGCCGUCAGCCACGCUCAGGCUCCCUUCUUCAGCGCUACACACCUGGAGCACGUCAGGCCCAUGUUCAAGCUGGCGUGGACCCCCCUGCUGGCAGCGUUCAGUGUGGGACUGCAGGACUGUGACGACCCGGAGGUGGCCUCUCUUUGUCUGGAGGGCAUUCGGUGUGCCAUCAGGAUCGCCUGCAUCUUCAGCAUGCAGUUGGAACGAGAUGCAUACGUCCAAGCCUUGGCCAGAUUCACCCUGCUGACAGCCAGUUCAAGCAUCACAGAGAUGAAGCAGAAGAAUAUUGACACCAUCAAGACCCUGAUCACUGUAGCUCACACUGAUGGAAACUAUCUUGGCAACUCCUGGCACGAGAUCUUGAGGUGUAUAAGUCAGCUGGAGCUCGCCCAGUUGAUCGGCACCGGGGUGAAGACGCGCUACAUCUCAGGGGUGGUCCGGGACAGGGAGACUGGCAUUAAGGGCAUACCCUCCAGCACAGAGGAGUUCAUGCCCCUGGGGCUGGGGAACCUGGUGGGAAGUCAGGACAAGAGACAGAUGGCUCACAUCCAGGAGUCAGUGGGAGAGACCAGCUCUCAGAGUGUGGUAGUAGCUGUUGACAGGAUCUUCACUGGCUCUACCAGACUAGAUGGAAAUGCAAUUGUGGACUUUGUGAGGUGGCUGUGUGCGGUGUCCAUGGAUGAGCUGGCCUCGGCACACCAGCCGAGGAUGUUCAGCUUGCAAAAGAUUGUGGAAAUCUCCUACUACAACAUGAACCGCAUCAGGCUGCAGUGGUCUCGAAUUUGGCAGGUCAUAGGAGACCACUUCAACAAGGUGGGCUGUAACCCCAAUGAGGAUGUAGCCAUAUUUGCCGUGGACUCACUGAGACAACUCUCCAUGAAGUUCUUAGAGAAAGGAGAGCUGGCCAACUUCCGCUUCCAAAAAGACUUCCUCCGGCCUUUUGAGCACAUCAUGAAGAAAAACAGAUCGCCCACCAUCAGAGACAUGGUGAUCAGAUGUGUGGCUCAGAUGGUAAACUCGCAGGCGGCUAACAUCCGUUCAGGUUGGAAGAACAUUUUCUCAGUGUUUCACCAGGCGGCGUCGGACCACGAUGAGACCAUAGUGGAGCUGGCCUUCCAGACCACUGGACACAUUGUCUUGAACACCUUCCAGCAACACUUUGCAGCUGCUAUCGAUUCGUUCCAGGACGCAGUGAAGUGCCUCUCAGAGUUUGUGUGCAACGCAGCUUUUCCUGACACCAGCAUGGAGGCCAUCAGACUCAUCCGGCACUGUGCUAAAUAUGUCUCAGAGAGGCCACAGACCCUGAGGGAAUACACCAGUGAUGACAUGAACGUUGCCCCCGGGGAUCGUGUGUGGGUUCGUGGUUGGUUUCCCAUUUUGUUCGAGCUCUCCUGUAUCAUCAAUCGUUGCAAGCUGGACGUCCGGACAAGAGGGCUCACAGUCAUGUUUGAGAUCAUGAAGAGCUACGGCCACACGUUCGAGAAACACUGGUGGCACGACCUCUUCCGAAUCGUCUUCCGCAUCUUUGACAACAUGAAGCUCCCCGAGCAGCAGACAGAGAAAACCGAGUGGAUGACAACGACAUGUAACCACGCUCUGUUUGCCAUCUGCGAUGUGUUCACCCAGUUUUAUGAGCCCCUCAGUGAAAUCCUGCUGGCUGACAUUUUUACACAGCUGCAGUGGUGUGUCAGACAAGACAACGAGCAGCUGGCUCGCUCGGGGACAAACUGUCUGGAGAACCUGGUGAUUCUGAACGGGGAGAAGUUCAGCCCUGAGGUCUGGAAGAUCACCUGCUCCUGUAUGCUGGAGAUCUUCCAAAACACCAGCCCUCACGCUUUGUUGACUUGGCGACCAGCUGGUCAGGAGGAGGACACAGCAGAUGGCAAGCAUUAUGAUGCUGAUUUCGACAGCCAGUCUCAGAGCAGCUACGACAGAGCUCUGUCUGAAAGAGGACACAGCCAGAUAUCCAGCGACGACACAUGGAAGGGAAAGUCUGGUACAAGAGUUACAGACCAGAAGCUGUUUGCAGGCCUGCUGAUUAAAUGUGUGGUACAGCUUGAACUAAUCCAGACUAUAGACAACAUUGUCUUCUACCCAGCAACCAGCAAGAAGGAGGAUGCUGAGAACAUGGCUGCUGCACAGCGAGACGCUCUUGAAGAAUCGGAGACUGACGGCGGCAACACGCGUGCAGAUCAGGGAAUGUACAGACACAUGACUUCUGCACACCUCUUCAAGCUGCUCGACUGUUUACUGGAGUCACACACCUUCGCCAAGGACUUCAACUCCAACAAUGAACAGAGAACAGCUCUCUGGAGGGCAGGCUUUAAAGGGAAAUCCAAGCCCAACUUAUUAAAGCAGGAGACCAGCAGUCUGGCCUGCAGCCUGAGGAUCCUGUUCAAAAUGUACUCUGACCCUCAGCUGCAGGACUCGUGGCCCGACAUCCAGACACGCCUGCUGCUGGUGUGCAGUGAAGCUCUGGCCUACUUCAUCAGUCUGACCUCAGAGAGCCACAGAGAGGCCUGGAACAGCCUCCUAAUGCUGCUGCUCACCAGGACACUACGGCUGGCCGAUGACAAGGCAGGAACACACACACACACACACACACACACACACACACAUACACACACAUGCAUACACACACACACACACACACACACACAUACACACAAGUUCCAGCUACUUUUUAAGUUGAAUGUAAUCAUUUAAAGGACAAUAGUUUUACUGAGGGAGGACUCAAACUUAUAUUUGUAGACAUCAAUGUCGCCUGGAUCAUAACUAUGUCCGGCUGAAAUUAAAUCUGAGGCAGGAUCAGAAAUAAAAGAUGGCCUCAGCUCCAAAAUAUAAUAAAAAGGUAAUAAAAUGUGCCUUUGAUUAAAUGGCUGCCCUCCAGAUUUUAUAUAUUCAAUACAAAUAUGAAGUCUUAUAAUAUUUGUAUUUAUUUAUAUAUUUAUUCAAUAUUUGUGUCAUUUUAACACUUUGGUGAACUGUCACUGAUGAAUCAUCCUCCCUCUCCCUCUCUGUGUGAGUGCAUGAUUCACGGAUGAUUCAUGGCAGCUCAUGACUCAGGCUCUCCUUCCAGGGCAAAGCUAUAACAGUUUUUUUUGGGUUAGAAAACAACCCAGCAUGGAGCCUGAAGCAGUGGGAAAUGUGGGUGCCCAGCAGCUAGCUUUAGAGGAAAAACACGAGUUCCACACAAACCAUUGCAUCAACAGAAAUUAGAACAGUGUUGUGAAAGUGGGCUGGCUGACACGAUCCUCAUGUGAUCGUUAUGCUGUGACUUUGGGUGGAAUAGUUCAAACAAAUCCUUGGGCUACAAACUUCAUGAACCUGAUGGUAUGAAAUGAUUCAAUGAAAUGUAUAAACAGCACAAACAUGUAUCAGUAGGGUAAAAAGGCCUGCUGUGAACUCUGUGAGCUGCCAACAGCAUCCACACACCCCAGAGCCACCGCCCUUCCUUUUCUUUGAAUAUUCUAAAUAUUUCCAAAUACGCAAGUCACAUCUUCUGCAAAUACUCAUGUUAGCAAAUCUGUUUGUAAGUUGGCUGAAAAAUAGAGCAAAUUAUAAUUUUUCACUUGCCUCUUUUUUCCAGUUCAAGCCCCAUGCGUCCUGCUACUACCCUCACCUGUGUGAAAUGAUGCAGUUUGACCUGAUCCCAGAGCUACGGGCCAUCCUCAGGCGCUUCUUCCUGCGCAUCGGCUCCGUCUUCCACAUCGCUGCUCCGGAGGGGGCGCACGUCCUCACUCCUGCAUCCUAGAUUGAGGUUGGCGACAGGUGGAGAGAAACAGAGAUGGCAGCGUAGAUUGAUCAGAAGUGGACACUUGAGACACUUUCCCAGUCUUUUUUAUUUUUUUGGGACUGGAACAGAACAACAAAAAGGGGUUCUAAUGCGAGGAGGAAGACGAUGAAGACUGUAGCUUUUCUGUCUCCCUUCAGGACUCGUGAAAAUGUUCCGCUUCUUCUACUACGCUGAGCUUGUAGAGAAGUCUUCACCCUGUCCUUCCUCUCUUCUUCCCUCUGGGAGGAACAGCACUGUGACCAGCAAACUCUGCUGACUGUGGUCAUUCAUAAACCUAACCCCCCCCCCCCCGAAGCCCCCUGCCCCCCUGACUCUCAUCUCAAACUGAAAUCACUAAAAAAGAACUGUAAACAAUUAAUUUAUUGAUAUUGUUGCAAACCCUGUACCUGUCAUUUUGUUGGUUUGGUUUUUCUGUUUGUUUUUUUAAUACUUAAAAAAGUAUAACUUCACGCUGAAAGUAAAUGGACAAUAUUAAUGAAUUUGGUAAACCUUACUUUUGCCCUUUGUGAACGCUCUUUUGGCCACCUGUGCCUGUUAGAAAACGACGAUGACACCAUCAGUGUCGCUCUUAUUGUGAGUUUGUUGAUCUCAUCAAAACAAAUUGUAAUAUCUGAAGCCUCAUGUAUCGGUGCCCCACCCAAAGCAAAGCUACUUUAAUGUUCUCGCUCAUGUCUUUGUCCUUUGGUAGGGGGCUAUUGUUAAAGAGGUUGAGCUGCAGGUGAAAAACAGUCUGCAUCCCUUUCAACAUUAUCAAAGAUCUUCUGCAGCUGCUGUGUUGUGAGGUCUUUUUUUCAGGUUUACAUUGAAAAGACUGGCUACUCUUUUCUGUUAUCACUGCAUUCCUUUUUGUUGUUGUGUUGACCCACUAAGCCUUACUCCAAAGGACUUUUCAUGGAGUCAACUCCUCCUGGCAUUACAAAUACAGCUGGCUCAUAAGACCCCCCACUAAUCCAUCAUUUGGCCCUAUGAUGUACUGUUUGUUUCACAUUCUGUUUUGCACAUUACAUGUAUUAACACCACCCCAGUGUACAGACCUCCUGCGAAUGGUUGGAAUCCCCAUCAGUGUUUGGACACAUUCAAGAAAGGUGCAGGAACAAAGUGAAACCAAAAGUCACGUCUACAGAGGAACUGGAAUCUGUGCAUCCUGGAUCCUCCACAGUUUGUUCCAUGCAUUUUUUUUUUUUUUUAAAGAAGGAUGUAUGUAAUUAUUGACAUUGCAUUUGAAUAUUUUUUUGAAAAAGCAUUCCUUCCCCUGCAACUAUGGAUGUCUACUUUUCUUCCCUCAAGCUGGGGAAUAUAUAAAUAUAUAUAUAAAUAUAUAUAAAUGACAAAAUGAUGACUGUAAAGUUUUCAAUGUAAGAUACCUAAAUAUAUGCUAUUCUGUUCUAUACAUAAUAUUGUGAUGUAAUCUUCAGAGCAUUUGGUGAAGUGUCAAUAAAACCUUAAUUCUGA